AUGGGAACGCAAAAUGGUGAAUACACUAAAUGGUUGAAGGUUGAAGAAGCUAUGUUGAAACAAAAAGUGAAUAUUAGAUGGCUAGAAGAAGUCCUUUUCAAGAAGGAUAGUCAAUCACCUCAAUUGCAAUAUUUGGAGAUUAUUGAUCCUAUCAUCACUUUGGAAGAUAAUGAUAUUCUAUGUGCAAUACCUGAAGAGCUGGAAAUAAGCGCUGCAGUUUUUAGCAUGAAAAAGAAUAGUGCCCCAGGUCCCGAUGGAUUUGGUGGAGGUUUUUAUCAGGGGUAUUGGGAUAUUAUAAAGCAAGAUUUGGUUGAAUUAGUUCAGACCUUUUUCAAUGGAAAUAGUUUGACGAGAUACUGUACAAGUUCUUGUUUGGUUCUUAUACCUGAGAUGGAGCAUCCUGAAACCUUCUCUGACGUUAGACCCAUUAGUCUUAGCAAUAUUCCCACCAAGAUCAUCUCUAAGAUAAUGAGAAAUAGAUUGGCACUAAUCCUUCCUAAACUCAUAUCAGAAAACCAAAUAAAUGGUAACAGAAAUGGUUUCUUUCAUUUAUCCCGGGGUCUUAAACAAGGGGAUCCAUUGUCACCAGCUUUGUUCAUUAUUGGGGCCGAGGUUUUAUCUAGGAUGUUUAACCAACUGCUAUCCAAUGAUCUGUUUCAAGGGUUUUCUAUGCACAGAGCAGGGCUACAAAUUACACACCUAGCAUAUGCUGAUGAUGUAAUGAUUUUCACCUCUAGAUCCAAGAACUCUUUAGAUUUGAUCAUGAAACAACUGAAGAAUAAUGUGAAAUGUUCAGGGCAAUCUAUUAACUGUGCGAAAAGUUGCUUUCUAGUAUCGCCCAAUGCUGAAUCAAGUCAUAUUAAUGAGAUUAAAGAGAUUACUGGUUUCAAGCAUAUAACUUCCCUAUCACUUAUCUAG